GUAUUGCAAUUGACCCCACCAAUAAAUGCAUACGGUACCUGUAGGUACAAUGAGCAUUAUUGCCUCGCGAGCCUUGCAAAAUAAACGCCGAUUUUUGCUUAAUUGAAGCUCAGAAUGGCCACGUCUGCAUCUCUCGUGACGCUGGGCGAAAAGACGCUGCCUCAUGCGGCCGACCCUAGCCUUUUCGCAUACUGCCCAUCGAUGGACUUGGUCGCUCUUGGUACCACAGAUCAACAAGUCCUUAUAUACCGACUGAAUGGACAGCGCGUGUAUGGGGCGGCGCAGAAGGCAGGAAAAUUGGUGGUAGAGAGCAUUAGGUGGAAACCAAAUGGUCUGUCCCCGACUUCAUGUUCUUGGGACCGGUCUAAUAGAUUGCAGGACAACUCCUUGCCGUUGCUUGGAGCGAUGGCACAGUGCGUCUGGUUGGCGCGGAGAGUAGCAAAAUCGUUCAUCAAUUUUCAACCGGCGAAGGUGUUUCUGGGAUCACGUGCAUGGGCUGGGGCUCGAAUCUGACCAGCAAGACGUCCAGUCUGAAAGAGUCUAGUUCAAGUUGGAGUGAUCUGUUGGAUUCCGAUACUCUUGUGUCAGAGACAAAAUCCGUGUUGGAUUUGCCGAGGGAUCUGUCUAUGAUUGACAUCGAAAGAAGUCUACCCAAAUUAAGUCUUUUAGCAGCAGGCGGCAGCUUGUAAGUUUAAAUUCCAAUUUUGCAUGAAGUGGGUUGCUAAUAUGGCUUCAGAGAAGAUGUUUUUUGUUCCCGGUCUUCUUUGGACUCUCUUUCCCGCCCCUUCGACCCAAAAGACAACGACGCAGUCGAUGUAAUGGUUGUUGGGACCAAAGAAGGACAUAUCCAUCUUACCAUAUACGACUCGUUUGUAAUUGGGUCCUUUUCUCUCCCUCCGAUUCGAUCAAGCUUCACAUCACACUUGGUCAUGCACUCAUCACAUCCAAGGUGCUCAUCCCACGCUCUUCUUGUGAAAGCUCCAGACUCGGACAGUCUAUCUUUUGCCGCACUAGACCUACGCUUUAUUUCUGCAACUAGCGAUUAUCUUUCACUCCUCGCAUCGAGGUCAACAGCACUUCAGAACCUGCUAAGAUACAUUCAUCAAGUCCAAAUAUUGAUCGUUAAUGAAUGGAAAUCUACGCAGGAUUUGCCGAGCAAGUUUCUUCGCAAUGUCAACGAAGAGCUUGCGGACAAGGGAAAGGGAAACAUUGUUCAAGCUCUUUACCAUUCGGUAGCAACAGGGCACACUUUUCCGAUCGUCAAAGAAUGGUUGGUAGAUGAAUUGUCAGAGAGGGUGGGUUUAGUGGCUCCAUUAAUGGCUUAUUGUCUAACUUUAAUAGGGUCAUAAACGCUGGGAAAAGGCAGUGGUCACUGGAUUGGAAAACACUCGCCGAUUAGUUCAUGAGAACAUGCUUCCUGCUCUGGAAAGAUGUUCCGUUAUACUAAGUCGAUUUUCCGGCAUUGCCAAAUUUCAGAGCUCCAAUGAUACACUGGGAUUCUCCAGUCACCAAAUCAGCCUAAUCGUGGAUACUGUGGCUUGCCUGCAUCUAGUGUCCGCUAAAAUUCUGCUCCAGGUUGUUGAUGAGCUUGAGCUUUUCGGAGCAUUCUCUUCUUGGUUAAGACAUGAGAUUGAUAAACUAGCCUCGGAUUCAUCAGUAGCUGCCAAAGACGAUGAGUUGGAAAAGGAAGCAUCAAUUGAGCACAGCAAAGUGCUAUUAUACCUUCAAAACUGCAUGACUUCGAGUCCUUUGGAGGUGUAUCUCGGAGACAAUACCUCUGACGAGUACAAGGAUGGUUGGCAACAAGUUGAAGAAAAUCUUCCCAUCUAUGAAAUCCUUGACAAGCAGCUCCGAAAGCAAGAAUCAAGGCUCCCGUAUCUGAAAGCAUUGCCGCGUGUGGAAUUACUCUGCAAUUACUUGAAUAAGCAGGCAAAGGUUGUGUUCAGCCAGAUUGCAAAUGCUGAGAAACGCAAUGUGAUAUUUGGGACGCCUCAGCAAGUUGGAGUUAUUGCAAAUGAGAAGUUGAUAGAUAUGCGGCUAAGUACAACUGUCAGUCAAAUGAUAUAUCACUGAUUGCAAAUAAACUGACAUCUUGAUAGGGUCCAGCGACCGCUCGAGCUUGCGUUGCAUUUGUCCCUAAAAACAUGCCAGCAUGUAGUAAGUGACUAUUCUUCUUUGUAUCUCUGGGAAUUUCAUUCUAAAAUACGACAGUACAAAUCACUCGAGUCCAUCUAUCAAUAGAUGGUGGUCUCAGCUCAGUCUCAGAAAUGGAUUCAUCAACACUCAAACUAGGUAGUGGCACGAUUACAGAUGUCAGGAUAUUUGGCGACACCCUAUUGAUCAUGUGGGAACUUGAUGGUAUGCCCUCCUCCCCCCACCAACACAAAUAAAUCUAACCAAACUCCCAGGCGCAACAACCCUCCUUACAAUCCCCCACGAUACCUCCACGGCUCCUCACGCAACGGAACCGGGAGACUUCCACAUACACUACUCCCAACACCUUGAAACCUCCACGGCCCCUACCCCCAUGGUUCUCACUAACGAAGAUAUCAAGGAGCGAUUCGGGAAGCGUCAGAUUCCUACCACUGGAUCUUUCGUCCCUGAACGGAUGGAGGUUAGGAGUGGAUCGUUGGAGAUGAGACGGAUUGCUGUGUUGGGCAAGGAUAGGAUUCAUUAUAAGGUUCUUGGACUGGAGAUGGAAGAGGAGGGAAAGGGUACAGGGAAGGGGAAGGAGAAGGGGAAGGGAAGUGAGGGGGACGUUGAGAUGGUUGCUGAGGUGUGA